UUACCUGUUAAUCAGUAAAAAAAAAAAAAAAAAAUAUUCAGUUAGAAAAAAAAAAACAACUUAUUACACACCCAUACAAAGUCAUCUAUGCUAGUGCAACCUCAUUUUUUGCAGUUUUGUAUAUACACACGAGUAAACACCUAUACUUCUUGUGACAGCUGCCAGAUUUCUAAUUUAUUUAUUAGAAAAAAAAAAAAAUAACAAUAAUUGAUUAAUAAUGUGUCGUUAGUCUGUUAAAUAAAUUGCUUUUUUUUUUUUUUACUGUUAUUAAAUAAUAUAAUAAACAUUAAACAACAACAGCUGAUUCUUACUAGAAAAAAGAAAAAAAAAAUUAUUUGUUAAAAUCAUUUGACAAUACGUGUGUAUUGUUAAACAAAAAAUCAAAGCGUCUUCCAGUUAAACUGUACAUCAAUUAACAAUAAAAAAAACCCAAAUAAUUAUUGACAAAAAAUAUUAAGAUAAUAAACGAUGACAAUGGGAGAUGAGACACCAGUUACAUCACUCGUUCUUCCUGUGAUAUUAAGACCUCUUUUAUCAAAGUUGGAGUCACAUAAUAUGGUUGCUGCACAAACACUGAGAUCAGCAUUUUCAAAAGCUGAAAGUAAUCAUCCUGGUAUAACAUAUGAUUUAAUAUCUGGUAUUAUUAGAAAAGCUGAUCUUAAUCUUGAUAUGAAUGCAAGUGUACUACGUCUUCAAGGUGUUGCUUCUGAUUGUGAUGCAAUUGAAUAUCGUUCAUCAAGAUCUGAAGAUGCAUUUCAAGAAUUAAAUCGUAAAUCAACUGCAUUAAAAAGAAUACUCAGCAGAAUUCCAGAUGAAAUAACUGAUCGUAAAACAUUUUUAGAAACAAUUAAGGAAAUUGCAAGUGCUAUUAAAAAAUUACUUGAUGCUGUGAAUGAAAUAACUGCCUUUAUUCCUGGUAUUGCUGGUAAGCAAGCAUUGGAUCAAAGAAAAAGAGAAUUUGUUAAAUACAGCAAAAGAUUUAGUAAUACAUUAAAAGAGUAUUUCAAAGAAGGACAAGCAAAAGCAGUUUUUAUAAGUGCAUUGUUUUUGAUUCGACAGACAAAUAUGAUUAUGGUUACAGUUAAAAGCAAGUGUGAAUAAAUAACUGCCUUAUUUACAAAUUAACAGCCAACCUAGUUAUCUAGGAUACUAAAAAAGUUUAAAAAACAAAACUAAGAUUAAAGUAAA